CUUUAGAUUGAGGGAUUUCGGAUAAGUGACCCAGAUUUAAAUCAAAAAGCUCUGCUAAGUGGAUCGUUUGCUUUACAGUUUAUCACUCCAUAAAGCAGACCUGUAGCCUGUUAGCUACCAGUGCUUCCACAGUCUUGUAUGAGGUAAAAACCUCCACGAUGGUGCAGCACACCUGCAGACUGUAGACUGGGAUGUUGGCGUGACAGAGAGCAGUGCAGGCUAACCUGCGCACACAGGUGUUCAGACAGGCUGCUCGUCAUCUACUCAGGGGGGCUGUCGCCACCAGAUAGGAUUUACAGUUACGACCAGGCAUCGUCUCGGUGCUGUCUUCCAGACUUCCUAAAUCCUGCCCUCCUCUCGGGACAGUUGAGAUGCAUCGUUAACAUUUAGGUGGGACUUCUUUUCGGACUCUGAGAUGAACGUUAAGUGGACAUUGAAACGAUUUCUUCUUUUGUCGUUUUCAGUCUCCCACUUGCUGUUUCUUGAGGGAGCUCAGAGCCGACUUUCAGUGGCAGAGGGAAGAUCACAGAGAAGGGCUAAUGCACUUCGGAGGAAACGGGAUCUCCUCGGGGAGGAGGUUUGUACACUACACCUAAGAGAACCAGAGGAGACAUACAGACCAUUGCUGUCAGAGGGUACCCUGUCACGCAGCAUUUUGCACAACUACACAGCCAGAGAUGCCUCCUCAGAAUAUUGUGGCUGCCUCAAUGGUGGCUGGUGUCAGGAGGGCGAUGUGUGUGACUGUGCUCAGUUCCAGGCAUUGGGAGACCGCUGCCAGAUCAUACCUAACCAGGGCCAGGAUAGAGAUGGGAUCUGCCGGUCAUGGGGUCAGCACCACUAUGAAACAUUUGAUGGAAUCUACUUUUACUUCCCUGGAACCUGUUCUUAUAUUCUGGCCCAGGACUGCCACUCGGCUCCACCACAGUACACAGUGUGGGUUCACAACAGCAGAGCAUGUGAGGGAAGUGUGUAUUCAUGUCCAAGAGCUCUCAGUCUGUUCUUCCCAAAUGAGGAGGAGAUUCACAUCUCUGGAUAUCAGGUUCACCAAGGAGGUCGCAGGUUAAGUUUGCCUCAGACUGUAGGUGGAGUGUUUAUUGAGCGGCUGGCUGAUUACCUACUUGUGAAGAGUGUGUUUGGCUUCUCUUUGGCCUGGGAUGGAGGCUCAGGUGUCUACCUGAAGAUGAGCGAGGAGCAUCAGGGAGCCCCAUGUGGACUGUGCGGGAACUUUAACCACAUCGCUGGCGAUGACCUCACCACUGCUCGUGGCAUUCAGACAGACGAGCCUGCAGUGUUUGCUAACAGCUGGACUGUGGACCUCCCUCAUGAGCGAGCUUGUCCUGCCGUAGACCUAGACUUCAAUGGCCCCUGCCAGUCUGAGUCAGACAUGGAUGAUGCCAUAGAGAAGUGCAGUGCACUUCUCUUCUUCCCUUUUCUGUCAUGUCAUGAAAACAUUGACCCCAAUCCCUUUGUUGCCAGCUGUGUCUCUGACCUCUGUGUGUCUGAUGAUGAAGAAACAUUUUGUCGUGCCUUAGUUGAAUAUACCCGAGCCUGCUCACAUGUCGGGUAUCCAGUAAGAGAGUGGAGAGACAGCUUCCCUUCAUGUAAUGAUGGCUGUGAAGAGAGUUUUGUGUAUAGAGAUUGCAUCAGUUGCUGUCCGCCCACCUGUACAUUUGAGAAAGAGUGUCUAGGAACAAACCUGCAUUGUCUGGAUGGCUGCUACUGUCCUGAUGGUCUUAUCUUACAGAAUGGAACAUGUAUUUCUGUUUCUCACUGUCCAUGUGUUUACCAUGGAACAUCAUACAUACAAGGACAAGUGCUUCAGCAAGGUUGCAGCGUUUGCGUGUGCAUGGGAGGAGUGUGGAACUGUACUGAGAACAACUGCACAGCCGAGUGUUCGGUUGUAGGAGAUGUCUUUGUGACCACGUUUGACGGCAGGAUGUUUCUCCAGCCAGGGGCGUGUCAGUACGUGCUGGCAAAAAGUCGCAGCAGCAGAUUUACCGUCACACUGCAGUAUACUACCUGUGCAGAGCACCAGGUGUGUAUCCAGUCUGUGACAGUGGUGUUGGAUGAAGACGUGAGUCAUCUGAUAACCUUAACAAGAGAAGGGGAAGUGAUAAUCGGUGUGAACCCAUCACCUGCCCUGCCCUAUGUCGAUGAUACAGUCGAGGUGCGCAGGCUGACUUCUGCAUUUACACAGCUGAAGGCGGGUGUUGGUUUGAGGCUGCUUUAUGAUGGUCGAGGGGGGCGGGUCUAUGUGCAGUUGGAGAACCAGUGGCGUGGUCAGACAUUGGGUCUUUGUGGAACCUACAAUGGAAAUCUGCGAGAUGAUUUUUUGUCUCCAGCAGGUAUGAUAGAGGGCACUCCUCAGCUUCAUGCCAAUGCCUGGAAAGUGUCAUCUGCAUGUGUUGCUCCUGUUAAUCUCCCCAUCAUAGACCCAUGUGAAAUGAACCAACACAAUGUAUUCUAUGCAUCCCAGUGUGAGGUGCUUUUGGGGAGUGUCUUUGCUCCGUGUCAUGGCUACAUCAGUCCAUACAUCUAUCAGCAGCAGUGCCGCUACCAGGCCUGUCGCUGUGGGGGCAGCUGUCUGUGCACUACAUUGGCUUACUACUCUUACCUUUGCUCCAAACAUGGAGUUGACAUUCAUUUCAGAUCACAUGUCUCUGAAUGUGGAGUGGUGUGUCUUGGAGGUAUGCUGUAUCACUCAUGUGUGUCGUCCUGUGGCCGAUCCUGUCGUGCCCUGUCUACCACUGACACAUGUGACUCUAAUGAAUGUGCAGAAGGGUGUGGCUGCCCAGAUGGUAGUUACUAUGAUGAUGUGCGGCAGCGCUGUGUGCAGCUGUCACAGUGUCACUGUUACUCCAUGGGUGGUGUUUCACAGCCAGGGGAGGUGACCUUCAGUGCAUCUGGUCCUUGCCUGUGUAGAAAUGGGAAGAUGGAGUGUGAGCCAGAGGAAAAAGAACCAGAUAGUGUGGAGGUUGGGGAGUGUCCAGAGGGAAAAGUGUAUCACAGCUGCACUGAGCAGAGAGGAGGCGUGGCCUGUGCACCAACCUGCCGUAACCUGAUGUUGAACCUCACCUGCCCACCCAGCACACCCUGCAUACCUGGCUGUGUCUGUCCUCCUGGGCUGGUGCUUCACCAAGGGGAGUGUUACUAUCCAGAGAACUGCCCUUGUGCCUGGCUCGGACUUGAAUACCUGCCUGGACAAACUGUGGAAACACCUUGCUACAAAUGUGUUUGUCACCGUGGCUAUUUCAACUGCAGCUACUCUCCAUGUCCAGCUGUGUGUACUGUUUACAGUGAUAGACAUUACCACACCUUCGAUGGUCUUGAGUAUGACUACCACUCUGACUGUCAGGUCUAUCUGUUAAAAAGUACUGGAGAAACCGAGGUGUCCAUUAUUGCCCAAAACAAGGACUGCUAUGAGAGCGGCAUUGUGUGCAUGAAAAUACUGGUUAUUCAUGUGGGACUUACCAAGAUCUACUUUACUGAUAACUCUGGCAGUCCGAGCCCUUCCACUGUUGUGGGUCGAGGGUCAGAGUUUGAGCUGUGGAAAGCCGGCUACUACACUGUGGUCCACUUCCCUAAUCAGGAUCUUACCAUCCUCUGGGACCGCAAGACGACUGUACACAUCAGAGCUGGACCUGAGUGGAAGGGCCUCCUCAGUGGCUUGUGUGGAAAUUUUGACACUGUGACAGUGAACGAUAUGACCACAUCCAGUCACAUGGAAGUCAAUAAUGCACAGGCGUUUGGCGACAGCUGGGCCUUGGGACAGUGCGAAAGUGACUACAUAGUUGAGCGACCGUGUGAAGGAGACUUAGGGAGACAGCCGUAUGCUAAAAGGGAGUGCGCUCUCCUCUACAGUGAUGUCUUUGCACCCUGUCACAACGUGGUUGAUGUAGCCUGGUUUUAUAGGAACUGCCUGACAGACACUUGCAAUUGUAACCGUGGGGGAGACUGCGAGUGUCUCUGUACGUCCAUCGCUGCAUAUGCACACAAAUGCUGUCAACAGGGUGUCACGAUACACUGGCGAUCACCCUCUGUCUGUCCCUAUGAUUGUGAAUACUAUAAUCAAGAGCUAGGGGAUGGCCCAUUUUCUUUGGUUAGUGCUGUCUAUAACAACACCAUGUUUGGAGUGAAUCGCACCAGCAGCUCAGUCUUUCCACUGAUAAGAGAGAGACUGAGGCAGUUGCCUGCCCCAGGCCUACUGUUCAACUUCAUGAUCACCAUAGGGCUGCAGAAGGACAGGACGUCACGUGUUCCUGUGGUUUCACUGGAGUCCGCAGAGAGACCAAACUACUUCCUUGCGGUGUCAGGGCGCAGCCGUCUCCAGCUGGAGCACUGGAGUCGAGGGGUGGAGUUUAGUCGUAGAGCAACCUUCAUCCAGCACCAAGGGUUGUUUCUGCCAGGUUACACCUCGUUUGAGCUCGUCAGCCAACCCGGAGUCUUUCUGACUCUUACACGCACUGCUGCACGAGCCCAGAGAUACGACACCUCAGAGAGCUUCAGAUCCAGCAGCAGCUUUACACUGGAGGAGAGUUCCUUUGUAAUACCUUAUCGUAUGAUGUGUGAGUGGCGCUACCAGGCCUGUGCGAGCCCAUGUGUCCACACAUGCAGUGAUCCAGAUGCCACACGUUGCCAGUUCCUGCCUCCUGUGGAGGGAUGCUUCCCACGCUGUCCUAGAAACAUGGUACUGGAUGAAGUCACUAGAAGAUGCGUCUACACAGAGGACUGUGUGUCUCUUCCUCCAACUCCAACUCCCUUUGCAUAUGUGACACGAUCCAACAGAACUACAACUCCAGCAACAACUACACAAACAACAACUACUACAGCUUCCACUACUACCCCAAGGCCGACAACUACAACAACCACUACCACCACUACCACCACCACCACCACCACCACCACUACCACCACUACCACUACCAGAGCAACAACUACCUCCUCCACUACUAUCAUGCCCACAACAACUACAUCAAGCCCUACUACUCCCACCACUCCCAGCACAACAGUAACCACUGAGCUUGUCACCCCAACUCCAUCCACAUUUCCUCCAACCACUACUGUCUCUACCACUCUCGCUCCUUCAACCCCACCAGAGACGACCACUCUCAGCACGACUGAAAUGACCACAAUGGUCACCUCAUCAACACCCACCACAGUCCCCUCCACUUCCCCAUCCCCUACUACCUCUUCUCCCACCACCUUGCUAUCUACUACUACUACAUUCACCACUGUUACUACCCCCUCCCCAGAAACGUCCACUCCACCUCCUCUGACGUCCCCCACUACUGUCAUCACAACUGCCCCCACCACCGUACCUGAAACCACCACCGAAUCCACAACCACAGCUCUGCCAACACCAACAGUCACUCCAGUGGACACUGAAACAACCGCAGUGCCCUCUUCUACAACCAUGGAGCCCACUACUGAGCCUGUAAGCACAGAAAUAGUCACAAGCCCCAAAACCUCGCCAACAACAGAGGAAGUAUCGACCACACUUCCUAUCCUCUUGCCCACUACUCCAUGCACACCCCCGUUCUCCUAUCGUAUUGAUGAGUGCGCUGAGCUGAUCUGUUUCAACGGAGAGCUGCUUCUUCACAACUCCUCCCUCCUCUGUCGCUACAACACCACUCCACCCCAGUGCAGUCUGCUGGGCCUGCCCGUCCUCAUCAACACAGACCCCUGCUGUCCACAGUGGCAGUGUCCAUGUCGCUGCACUGUGAUGUCAGAUCUGCGCGUGAUCACAUUUGAUGGUAACAAUGUGGCCUUGUAUGAUAAUGGAUCUUACAUCUUGGUUAACCUGCCAGGAGAAACUAUUAUUGGCACUGUGGAGAAAUGCCCAACCAGUCAGAGCGUGAACUCUAUCAGACGAACUAGUCCUACAGGAGGAACAUCUGGUCUUUGUUUUAAGAAGCUUAACAUUACUACCUCCUCCUACAGAAUCAUUAUCAAUCGACUUGAUCGCAAGGUGACAGUAAACUACAGACCUGUGAAGCUCCCAUUCUCACGUCAUUCACUGUAUGUGGAAGACACAGGCACCAUGUAUCUGAUCCACACACCUGGCUGGAUCAGUAUACAGUGGUAUCAUAGCACAGGGAUUUUGGUGCUGCAGUAUAAUGCUCCUAGUAAUGCAUCUGUGCCUACUCGAGGCCUGUGUGGUUGUUGUGAUGGGAACCCAGAGGAUGACCUGAAGCUGCCCAACGGCACAGUGGUCAGAGAGGUGGGAGACAUGAUGCUCUUUCUGCAGGCAUGGAGAGUCCACACCACAGAUGAGACUGAACACACACGCAGGGUUGGCGACAACUGCACCACCGGGGACUGUUCCACCUGUCUUUCUAUGCUUCGCCAAAGAGCUUUCACACCAUGUCAUAGCAAGGUGCCUCCAGAGCAGUUCUGCGACAUCAUGUGGGCAGGAGACUUGCACUACAAAGAUCACCAGUGUGACUUUCUGGCGGCCUACGUAGCGGUCUGCUACACACAUCAAGUCUGCAUCAGCUGGAGACGACACAAUUUCUGCCCAUUGCGGUGUCCCCCUGGUAAAGAGUAUCAGCCUUGUGUGAGCACCUGCACCAGCCGCACCUGUCUGAACAGAGAGUACUACGAGGAGACUACCUGCUCUUUCAUCAGAGAGGAGUGUGUGUGCCGCAGCGGAACCAUCUUGCACCGCGCUGACUCCCCUUUCUGUGUAACUGAGGAUCGUUGUGUCUGCACAGAUAAUGAAGGUAACCCUCGGGCCCCAGGAGAGGUGUGGAAUGGCUCUACUCGUAGCUGUUGUCUGUACAAGUGUAUGGAGAAUGGCUCUGUGGUAGCAGUUGAACCAGACUGCAGCGCUGUCUCCACACCACUGUGUGAGAGGGAGGGAGAGUAUGUGCUGGAUGUACUAGAAGAAGGUGCCUGUUGCCCAAAGAAGAUCUGUGAGUGCAACAUGACCAUCUGUGACAGCGAAGCGCCACCUUGUGAUAAUGGCAACAGACUAGUGAUUGGUUAUAGCGCACUGUCCUGCUGUCCAGAGUACCGUUGUGAGUGUGACCCCAUGGCGUGUCCUCCUGUCUCUGCCCCCGACUGCAGGGAAGAUCAGUUCCUUGUUGAGGUCAGGGGUCAAAAAUCCUGCUGUUACUCUUACCUUUGUGUGUGUGAGUCAUGCAUUGAGCCCAUUCCAACUUGCUCACAUGGAGAAAUUCUGGCUGUGGAUCUAAACACCACCAACAGCUGCUGUCCGCAGUACCAUUGUGUGUGUGAUACUAAUCUCUGCCCUGAAUCAUCUGUGAGCUGUGCACCUGGUCUCUCUUUGGUCCAAACUGCCAUUCCUGGCCAUUGCUGCCCCCAGCAUCACUGCGAAUGCCAAUGUGAGGACAGCGCUCUCCCCAUAUGUCAGGUGGGGGAGGUGCUGGUUGAAGUUCCAGACAGCAGCACCAACUGUGGCUGCCCUCAGCACACAUGCCAGAAGGCUGAGGUGUGUCUUUUCCAAGGGAUGACAGUACUGGGCCCAGGCCAGUCUCUGGUUCAGUAUUUUGAGGGAGAGCUGUGUUACACUGUCCAGUGCCAACAUCAUAAAGAUCCUCUCACUGGCUUUUAUGCCAUGGAAAUCACCUCAGUGAACUGCUCCCAAAAAUGUGGUUCACACCAAGUGUAUGCACCAUCUAUAGACCCUCAGGUGUGCUGUGGCUCCUGCAAAAAUAUCUCAUGUACCUUCACAAACGAAAAUGGGACCGCAGAGCUUUUCACUGCAGGGAGUUCCUGGGUGGAGAACUGUACACGUUACGACUGUAUGGAGACAACAGUGGGAGCAGUGAUACUUGCCUCUGGGGUGAUCUGCCCUCCCUUCAAUGAUACAGAAUGUAUGCAGAGUGGGGGUGUUGUUCAGAGCUACGUGGACGGUUGCUGCAGAACAUGUAAAGAGGAUGGCAAGACAUGCAAACGUGUGGCCAUUCGGACUACUAUUCGUAAGGACGACUGCAGGAGUAAUGCACCAGUUACAGUGUAUUCUUGUGAUGGCAAAUGUCCGUCUGCCACCAUUUUCAACUUUAACAUCAACAGUCAUGCCAGGUUUUGUAAGUGCUGCCGUGAGAGUGGACUACAAACCCGUACCGUCACACUCUACUGUUCUCGCAAUGCCACAGUGGUGGAGUAUAACUUCCAGGAGCCUCUGGACUGUUCCUGCCAAUGGAACUAAACCAGCUAAAAUAUGAAUAAGAGCUUGAAAAAAUAAAAAUAAUGUGUGAAUUAAAGAGUGGGAAAGGGGCAUCUGAAUUUUGCAAUACUAACGGACAAGCAUGAAAAGCAGCCAUGUUUCUUUUUAUAACACUCUUUACAUCACUGACCUUGAGUCAUAGUUGGAACUACAAGAUACUGAAAAUACUGAUAUCAGUGGAAUAUUAUUUUAAGUAGUUAUGUCAGCACUGUAGUAAUCUAUUUCUAUUAAAGAAAAAAAGAAAAAAAAAUCUUGCUGUGCCAACUCAGUUAUCUUAAACCUUUCAACUGAUGGUACCUUUGGUCUUUUAUCCUGUUGUAUAUUAACAGUUGAAACAGUAGCUGUUGCCUUUUUAUAUUAAGUAGAUGUUUUAUUGUAUUAUCCAAUCAAUUUAGCUAUGUGUUUUGGUUUAUUAGACAUUUUGAGUUGAUUUAUGUGUUUUUAAGUAAGGUGAUUUAAUAAAAGAUUUAAUAGUGUCACUGUCUACAUUAUUACAACACUUCAUGACCUAUAAUGUGCCCUUUUCACCUAAGUCACCCUCACACUUUCUCUUUGUCAAAUUGUUAUUAAUAAACACAUCCUUGUCCUAAUUCAGCAUCUUUAGUGCUGACAUGUGUUUAUAUUUCAGUUCCUGGAGGUUAUUAUUGAGUGGGAGUCGUCCUUUCUAGUGGAUUCAGGUCAUUGUCAAGUCAUCUCUCCCUUUCACAUUCCUGUCAUUCCACGUGAACCAGUGCUUCCAUCGCACUCCACUUCUGAGCUAAACCAUCCUCACCACAGAAAUGCUGUGAUAAACUUGAAGCACAUGCCGGCUGUAGAGGGUGGAUAAAGUUCAGCUAUCCCUUCCAUGUUCUGUUAAUCCAUUGCAGCUAGUACGACCUAGACAG